GGGCCCGGCCUCCCCGCCCCGUCCCCGCCCCUCGGGCCUGCCCCGAGCCGGGUCAUUCUCCUCCCCAGCCCUGCGGCGGUGUGACCACCUCGGACCUCCGGGCCUCGGCAGUCCCGUGGCCCCGGCCGCGGGGGAACAUGGAGUUUGCGGAGCUGAUUAAGACCCCACGGGUGGACAAUGUGGUGCUGCACCGGCCUUUCUAUCCCGCCGUCGAAGGGACCUUGUGUCUGACUGGUCACCACCUGAUCCUGUCCUCCCGGCAGGACAACACGGAGGAGCUGUGGCUCCUCCAUUCAAACAUCGACGCCAUCGACAAGCGGUUUGUGGGACCACUGGGUACCAUCAUCAUAAAAUGUAAAGAUUUUCGAAUAAUUCAGUUGGAUAUUCCUGGAAUGGAAGAAUGUUUGAAUAUAGCCAGUUCCAUUGAGGCAUUGUCUACCCUGGACUCUAUUACUCUGAUGUACCCUUUCUUUUACCGGCCCAUGUUUGAAGUGAUAGAAGAUGGUUGGCAUUCUUUCCUUCCUGAGCAAGAGUUUGAACUCUACUCUUCAGCUACCAGUGAAUGGAGGUUAAGCUAUGUCAAUAAGGAAUUUGCUGUCUGCCCUUCUUACCCGCCAAUUGUCAUAGUUCCCAAAUACAUUGAUGAUGAAGCUCUUCGAAAGGUAGCUAUGUUUCGACAUGGAGGACGCUUCCCAGUACUCAGUUAUUAUCAUAAAAAAAAUGGAAUGGUAAUCAUGCGAAGUGGUCAGCCACUCACUGGCACAAAUGGGAGAAGGUGCAAAGAAGAUGAAAAGCUGAUAAAUGCUACCCUCAGGCCAGGAAAACGAGGCUACAUCAUUGACACCCGAUCUUUAAAUGUAGCUCAGCAAGCUAGAGCCAAAGGUGGCGGAUUUGAACAAGAAGCUCAUUAUCCCCAGUGGAGGCGGAUUCAUAAGUCCAUUGAGAGGUAUCACAUUCUUCAGGAGAGCUUAAUCAAACUCGUGGAAGCUUGUAAUGACCAAACACAUAACAUGGACCGAUGGCUCGGUAGAUUGGAGGCUUCGAACUGGCUGACUCACAUCAAAGAGAUUCUUACAACUGCUUGUCUAGCAGCUCAGUGCAUCGACAGGGAAGGGGCAUCCAUAUUGAUUCAUGGAACAGAAGGAACUGAUUCCACACUUCAGGUUACCUCCCUGGCCCAGAUCAUCUUGGAACCAAGAAGCAGGACCAUCCGUGGUUUUGAGGCCCUGAUAGAAAGAGAGUGGCUGCAGGCUGGCCACCCAUUCCAACAGCGCUGUGCACAGUCAGCCUAUUGUAAUAGUAAGCAGAAGUGGGAGUCACCUGUAUUUCUCCUCUUCUUGGACUGUGUGUGGCAGAUACUUCGUCAGUUUCCUUGUUCUUUUGAAUUUAAUGAGAAUUUCCUCAUCAUGCUCUUUGAGCAUGCAUAUGCCUCACAGUUUGGAACAUUCCUGGGCAACAAUGAAAGUGAAAGAUGUAAGUUGAAGUUGCAGCAGAAAACGAUGUCUCUGUGGUCCUGGGUCAAUCGGCCCAGUGAACUGAGGAAGUUCACCAAUCCUCUCUUUGAAGCCAACAAUCUUGUCAUCUGGCCUUCAGUUGCUCCACAGAGUCUUCAGCUAUGGGAAGGUAUUUUCCUACGUUGGAACAGAUCCUCCAAGUAUUUGGAUGAAGCCUAUGAAGAAAUGGUUAACAUCAUUGAAUAUAACAAGGAAUUACAAGCAAAAGUAAAUGUACUCAGGAGGCAGUUGGCGGAACUGGAAACUGAGGAUGGGACGCAGGAGAGUCCCUGAAAAAUCUCCCACAACCGACAUAAAUAAGGACCUUCCUGGACCUGAGUCCCAUCCCUCUCUCCUUUGGCCCUUCAGUUCACUUUUACACAGUAGCCUUGAACCUAAGGCUUUAGAUGUGAGAACCCUCUAAUGUAGUGGAUUUCUCAGUACUUUAUGAAUGAAAGUUACUGUAAUUCCUCAUGUUUCAUGUGGCCUGUUAGGCCUCUUUACUUUGGGAGCAGAAAGGAGGUGCUAGUCAUUUUAUUUUAUGUGAAACAGGUGACCUAUUUAAUGCCAUUUGUGUUAUAUGCCAUUUAAUCUAAGUUUUUUUUCUGUGUCUACUUUCCAAAACAGUGCUCCAGACCAGUCAAGGAUAUGAUUAAUCUCUUUAGGGAAUAUGUGUUAGUUUUAAAAAAGAUCAGACGUAAACACUCCAAAUACAGAAAUAUUUUUCAAAACUGAAAUGGUUGUUAAACCAAGAAUUUUGUGAUUAACAUGCUGUUUCCAAUACCUUUGCCCUUCUCUUUAAAGUAGCUUUGGAUUAACAGAGCUGAAUUCAUUCUCAUUCUGGUUUGUUAAGAAAGGAAAAUCUGAAUAUUUAUUCAAGGUAAAUAUUUUUACAAAGGUUAUAGGUAUAAUCCUUUGAUAUUUAGAUUAAGAAGUAAAUUUUAACAGUAGACAGUAAAAGUAUGUGCAAUAUAGAAAUAAAGUAGGAAUUUGUUACUGAUACGGUAUUGUUAACUGUUGAAUUGGUUUUUCAGGUUUUUUGACCAUACAUAUUAAAUGCAUAUCAAAUGCUGGAUAUCCCAUUAAACCAUCAUUUAGGAUAGAUGUUUGUUAUAAUUAAGCUACAAAUAUGGUUUCCUUAAACCAGAAAUGCACUGCCCUUGUCUGAAGUUCUUACUGCACUGUUUCAUGUAUGUAUGUGUGUUCAGUUUUAUUAUGUUUUGUUUUAUUUUUAAGUAUUCUGAGAGUUUACUAAUCCUAAGCUUAAACCUUUCACGUUGGCUUGAACCUUUUGAAAAUUUAUCCUGACUGCUGAUUUGUUCAUUAUAUGUUGGGCAAAUCUAAUUGAAGUGGAGGUGAAAGUUGAUGAACAUGACACAGCUAUGUUUUAAACUGCAGAAACAGAUUGAAAUGUGUCAAUGUUAUGCCUGUAUUUAUGCUAUGCUUGUUUAGUCCUGCAACUCUACAAGUUUGUGGUUCAGUGCUUUCUAUAUACAUUUCUGUUUUGUGGCACUGUUCAUUUUAAUAAAUACUGUCAAUUCUAGUUUUCCAUUAAAAGGAUAGUGGAAGAGUAACUGAUUAAUAACCAUUUCCACCCCCUCUGUAUAUAACCAUUUCAGUGUAAAGCACACCAAAACUGAACCCUGCUUUAGAGCUAUGUAUUGAGCUAAAAAUAAAAUUUAAAAAAUAU